AUCUCUGGCGUGAUCCAUGAGAGCUUCCCACGGAUUGCUUUCUGUGACCGUCGGCGAUUUCAACACAAAGGUACCGUGCAGAUUUUCCAUCAUGUCUAAAGAAGUUCAUCGUGUUUGUUGAUAUUGCACCAAGCUUUUAUCAGAUGGCAGAGAACAUAUUACAAGAACAAAUUCAGUUAGUUGUCAGUAAGCUAAAAGAGGCUCUUGAUGGGGCUGACGGGUUUCAGAAUACUCACCAACAACAGCAGUUUGAAUUGGCAACAUUCAGUAUAAAUCAGGUUGUUUUUAUUUUGGGAAAAGUACGUGUCAUUUGGGAACCACUGAUGGCAGCCUCAACUUACAAGAGAAGCAUGUGCCUAAUCUUGAAUUCUUUCUUCUCCAGAAUUACGAAAGAUUUGCUGCUUUUAGAUGACAUGGCUGCUGAGGAGACACUGCAGCUCCAGCGACUUAUUCAUAUGGCAUUGGAGAAACUAUCGCCCUUGUUUCAAUCUGUCAUCACUGAAAUCAGUGAAAAGGACAAGCUUAUUAAGGAGAUUUCACCAUCAUUGCUAGAUGAACUACUACCAUCCUUAUCCAAGCUCCGGAGACUUGCUGACUUGUUUGAUAUGCCGUUGAAAUCAAUCACAACAAUUUGGGAAAGUGGAGAGCUUGCCAAUUGUGGCUUCACGUCCUCGGAGGUAGAAAACUUCAUCAGAGCAGUGUUUACUGAUUCCCCUCUAAGGAAGGAGUGCUUGUGGAGGAUACAAAGUACAAAAACAUAGGAAUAUGUUAUUUGAGUAUGAUCUCACAUCAUAGCUAUAUGAGAAGCUUUUAUUUUUAUUGAAAGAUGAAGCAAGAAAUCAACUUUGCUGGUGAGGUGUAAUAUCUACAACAACACUUGUGCCCUGUUUUAAGGUUUAGGGUUCCUCAUCAAAAUGGAGCAGAGGCAUGAAAUUUUGAACUUCUCACUGCCACCCCCUCAUUUUAGUUUAAAUGCCCAUUCUAUUCUUAUAUUUGUACAACACCUAAAGUUCUUUAUUAUUAUUCCAAUUUGAGAA